AAUUUAGUCCCUUAGUAUAUGAAGGGUACGAAGUGGUAAUAAGACUAUUUUGUAAACAAUAAGGGGAACAAUUAGUUUUAAUUAAACAAUUAAGGCUUUAAAGAAUUCUCAACAAGUCGAAUAUUGCAAGUAUGGAUUUUGAAUGGAGUAUCUGGUGUCGAUUUUGUGCGAAAGCUGAUGUUAAAAAUAUAAACAUAUUUUCAGCUCAGGCAACAAAGAUCAACAAAAUUAAUUUGAUAUCGCCAAUUUAUAAAUUUUUUAAUAUUGAGUUCAACCACCAACAAAAGAUGCCUCAAGUUCUAUGUGCUGAAUGCCUAUUAGUGCUAACAUCUUUGAUAAAAUUUGCUGCUCGUGUAUGUAAGAUACAAGAAAUGUAUAAGGAAAUACUGCAAUCAGAAGAAGGCUCAGCGAUAGACAUGAAGUUCUUAUAUGAAAAGUAUGAAAUAGAUCAAGAUGUUUCACAAUUGGCUAAAACAUUAAACACAGAAACUAAUUUACCUUCCGCGCCGUCAAGUUCAAAAGUUAAUCCUUGUAAUUCAGCACCAUUCAUAAACAUUCAAACAGCAACAUUCUCAGACGUAUUAGUUUAUGAGCCACACAAUGAUGGUUUAGAUAGCGACCAUAAUAAAAAUAACGACUGCAAAGAUCCAUUAGAUGAAGUUUGCGAAUGCGAAAGUAGUGGGUCAUCAAACAGCUCUUGCACCUUUGAGGGUAUUGUUGCUGCUACAAUAAAAAGUGAUGAAAAAUCUAUAGAAAACACAGACGAUAAAAAAUUUACAAAAGUGGAUCGUUUGAACACUGAAAAUAUGCAUGAAAGUGAUUUAAUUUCUCCCGUAAAGAAAAGCCGAAUUGAAUGUAAAUACAUUUGUAAACAUUGCCCGAAACGAUUUCAACGCCAUAAUAGCUUUAGAUUACAUGUAAAGAAGAAGCAUGGACUUAUUCCACCAUUAGCGGAGAAUACAGCGUUACCAUGUCCUAACUGUGAUUUAAUAUUCCAAAGAAAAUCCUUAAUGACCCAACAUAUAAAAUCUGUGCAUGCUGAUAAGACAGCUUUUAUAUGCGAGAAGUGCGGAGAAAUUAUGGGCACUAAAGACACAUUACGCGACCAUAUGUACACACACUCAAAUUAUGCUCCUUUUGAAUGUAAAGCGUGUGGCAAAUGUUUUAAACAGAAGACACGCCUAAUGAAACACAUGGAUAUACAUGGAGAGAAGCAUAUUUGUGUUGAGUGUGGCUUACAAUUGAGCUCUCGUGCUACACUCUAUUCUCAUUCAUUUGUACAUUCCGAUGUGAUGCCACAUAAGUGUGACUAUUGUGGACGUGCCUUUAAACGUUCAAAAACUUUGAAAAAUCAUCUUAUUCUACACGCUGGUCUGAAACCAUAUUCAUGUGAUUUUUGUGAUAAGACCUUUUCAAAUGGAACUAGUUGUCGUACACACAAAAAACAUGUACAUCCGGUAGAAUUUGCUGCUCAAGAGGCUUCUGGCGAAAAACCCGUUAAAGCGAAAAAUAUACCUACGUUGUCUGUUUUAAAAGCGGUUACCCGAACAGCUAAGAACCUGACACCUGUAGCGCCGAAACAGAGUGGAAAUUUUUCUUUAGGCAAGAAACCCAAAUUAGAUCAAAAAUACAUGGGUAAAAGUAAAGAAGUUAUUACAAAGGAGAAGACUACACUUUCAAUGGAUAAAAAUGCUGCUGAAGAUAAACCUCCACUUGAAUCCAUUUUCAUUCCGGCAUAUCCAAUCAUUAAGGCGCCUUUCUUACCAACUAAACAACAAAUUUUUGUAGCUAGUUUACCUGUAAUAUGUGAGCCGGACAUUGUGAUUAAGACAGAAGAUGAUGAUUCUGACAUUAAAGAUACAAAAUGUGAGGACGGAGCUGUUAAAACAUCAUCAACACCACCACCAACGAGUACAACAACAUUUAUGGACUAUGAUGAUACAAGUAGCAGCAGCAGCAGCGAUGGCUUCGAUGCAGUUGACAAUAAUUAUUUUGAUGAUGUGAAGUAUAAAAGUAAAACCAAAACCUCAGAAAAGGGAAGUAUUUGUCCAAAUAAAUCCGUCAAGAAUGCGGAUGGAACGGAAUAUAUAGUUACCUGUAAAAUAUGCACAAUGGGAUUUCAACGGAUGAGCAACUAUAAAACACACAUGAAAAAAAAGCAUAAAAUUGAGUUAGAUGAAGGCACAAAGAGAAAAAACAACAAACGUUUAUCGACCGCGGAAAGACGUUUGCUGGAACCUAAGAUAACAUGUAAUAUCUGUUCAAUGGGUUUUCAACGUAGUAGCAAUUAUACCAGUCAUAUGAGAAAAAUACAUAAGAUUGUUGGUGAUGCAACGCCGUUUAGUUGUCCAAAUUGUCCACGUAAAUAUGAAUUUGAAUACGAGUUGAAGCGACACAUGAAAAAAUACAUACCUUUGGAUGAAAGGCUCAUUUUCCCGUGUCCACAAUGUGAUCGGAAAUUCCAAACAAAAGUGCAUGUGACACGACACAUUCAAUUUGUUCACGACAAUUCGCGUCCAUUUAUCUGUGAAGAAUGUGGCGAAGCUGUGCACACUAGGACCAUCUUGCGUGAACAUAUGCUCACACAUACUGACUAUUCACCAUUUGAAUGCAAAAUAUGCGGAAAGAGCUUUAAACGGAAGCAACGACUAAAGAGACAUAUGGAAAUUCAUGGGGAAAAGCAUAUUUGUACCGUAUGUGGCAAGGAGUUAAGUUCUCGAUGUACACUUAAUAAACAUUUACUGGUACACACAGAGGAUAAGGCUCACAAAUGUGAAUAUUGUGGGCGAGCUUUCAAGCUUAUUAAAACUUUGAAAGUACAUUUAAAUAUUCACACCGGUGAAAAAAGAUAUGAAUGUAACUUUUGCGAUAAAGUGUUCUCGGCUCCAUCCACUCGCCGUCAGCACAAAAAGAAAAAACAUCCUGAGAAGCUACUUGAACUAGAGAUGUUAAAAGCAGGAAAACAUAUUAAAAGCGAUGAGGGUAGUGAGGAUAACUCAUUAACGGAUAAUGCAAAUGAAAACGUUAAUACUGAGGCAAUGGAUUUCUCAACAAGUAUGAAUCAACCAACUACUAGCUCCGCUAUGUAUUUCAAAAAUCCUGCAACCAUGAGAGAUUAUCCUCUGCCGGACUUCAGAAUGUUGGAUUUUGUUGGUAGAAUGAUGUUGGAGUAACAGGAACUUAUCGACAAUUGAAAACGAUAUCAUUGGCACAAUUGCCGCAAAAGCUUUAAUAUUCGGUAAAUGUCAAGCUAAGCGACAGCCAUGGAAUAUCGCUGGCAUAUAUUCAUUGUAACAUAAUUGCAUAUGAACAUGUAGAACUUUGUUUUUAAUUUAUAUUUAAAUAAAAAUAGACAGAAUUUUAGA